AUGGCAGAAGAUCUGAUAAAGUUUGCCCAGACGAUUACGUACAUCCCCAGAAUCAUAGAACAUAAGAACGCCGCUAAUCAACUGGUAACUACCCAGGGUGCUCACUAUCCGCCCGCCGAUUCAGUCCAUUUUCUAGAAACGGCAUCAUCCAAGUCUUCGUCCGGCAAACUGGCAAAGCACAAUUUAUCUCCUUGCUUGGUAGCUCUGGACGACAUGCGAAAGUACUACGUGUCGAUAAAUGCGGCGUACAAGCUAUUUGACCGCGCGAGGAUCAUGGUGGAUAAGUCACUCCAUAACGAUGAAAUAGUUUCGCAAGGUUCCACAUCUGCAGCUGACUGCCUGCGAGAACCUCAGGGGAUUGAGACAUCAGAAUGGCUGGAUAAGUCUGCGUCUUUAGGCUUUGAUGUUGCAUCUGUGGGAUUGUUUUCUGCUCUUUGGAUGCCAUUUGCAGAUCUCAUACCAGACGAGUCUCUAGACAGUUCGUUCUAG